AACCAGAAAAGCUUCUGGAAUGAGAGACCAGACCGCUUGACGUGGUUUCUGAAACAAAUGCUUAAACAGUAUCAUACGACGAAAUCGGGAAUUCUGCUUCUCUCUCUCUCUCUCUCUCUCUCAAACUGUAACUUUAUGUAAAAUAAACAUCGUCGGCUCUCAACCGGUCGUGGAAGGAUAUGCCAAACCAGUUGGGUGGUAAGUCUCUCCAAAUCACAAUCGCAGCGGUGGAAUUUUCAAAUUUCAGAUCGGACAAACAUAUAGAAGAAGACAUUAAUGGCGGCAUCGGAGCAAUUCAUGUCGGGAGGUGGACCCGUCUACGUUCAAAUGCAAUCGGAACCAUCUUCGAUGAUUGCUCGCUCCCACUCUUCACGUCAUGGUGCCGAUCAGAGUUGGAUUUUCGAAGAAUUGCCUAAGGCCACCAUUGUCUCUGUCUCUAGACCUGAUGCCGGUGAUAUAAGUCCCAUACUUCUCUCCUACAACAUCGAAUUCCAGUAUAAACAGUUCAAAUGGCGCUUACUGAAGAAGGCUUCACAAGUUAUGUAUUUACAUUUUGCACUCAAGAAACGUGCAUUUAUUGAGGAAUUUCAUGAGAAACAAGAGCAGGUUAAAGAAUGGCUUCAAAACCUUGGGAUAGGAGAUCAUACAGGAGUUGUUCAAGAUGAUGAUGAGGCCGAUGAUGAGGCUGUUCCAUUACACCAUGAUGAAAGUGUUAAAAAUUGGGAUGUUCCAUCCAUUGCGGCUUUGCCGAUCAUUCGUCCUGCACUAGGAAGGCAGCAGUCUAUUUCAGACAGAGCAAAGGUAGCAAUGCAAGGUUAUUUGAAUCAUUUUCUGGGGAACAUGGAUAUCGCCAACUCCCGAGAGGUUUGCAAGUUUCUGGAGGUUUCAAAGUUAUCAUUUUCACCGGAGUAUGGGUCCAAGCUGAAAGAAGGUUAUGUAAUGGUGAAACAUCUACCAAAAAUUCCAAAGGACAAUGAUGAUUCUAGAUGUUGUGCAUGCCACUGGUUUAGUUGUUGCAAUGACAAUUGGCAGAAGGUGUGGGCUGUAUUGAAACCUGGGUUCCUGGCCUUGCUAGAGGAUCCUUUUGAUACAAAACUUUUGGACAUAAUUGUUUUUGAUGUAUUGCCAUCAUCAGAUGGAAAUGGGGAAAGUCGGGUAUCAUUAGCAGAAGAGAUAAAGGAACGUAAUCCUCUGCGUUAUGCAUAUAAGGUCUCUUGUGGGAACCGCACCGUAAAGAUAAGAUCUGGAAGUACUGUUAAAGUUAGAGACUGGGUAGCCGCCAUUAAUGAUGCCGUAUCAAAGCCUCCUGAGGGCUGGUGUCAUCCUCACCGCUUUGGUUCUUUUGCUCCGCCAAGAGGUUUAACUGAAGAUGGAAGCCAGGCUCAGUGGUUUGUAGAUGGGCAGGCUGCAUUUGAAGCAAUUGCUUCAGCAAUUGAGGAAGCAAAAUCAGAGAUAUUCAUUACUGGCUGGUGGGUGUGUCCAGAACUGUAUCUAAGGCGUCCAUUUCAUGAUCAUGGGUCCUCUCGGCUAGAAGUUCUACUCGAAGGAAAAGCAAAGCAAGGAGUUCAGAUCUACAUUCUUCUCUACAAAGAAGUUGCUCUUGCCUUGAAAAUCAACAGUGUUUAUAGUAAACGAAGGCUUCUUAAUAUUCAUGAGAAUGUGAGGGUACUCCGUUAUCCAGACCAUUUCUCAACUGGUGUUUAUCUAUGGUCCCACCAUGAAAAACUUGUUAUUGUUGACUACCGGAUUUGCUUCAUUGGGGGACUAGAUCUGUGCUUUGGCCGUUAUGACACAAUUGAACACAAAGUGGGUGAUUACCCUUCUCAGAUAUGGCCUGGAAAGGACUAUUACAACCCAAGGGAAUCUGAGCCAAAUUCUUGGGAAGAUACAAUGAAAGAUGAGCUAGAUCGUUGCAAAUAUCCUCGCAUGCCAUGGCAUGAUGUCCACUGUGCUCUUUGGGGACCCCCUUGCCGUGAUGUGGCAAGGCACUUUGUUCAGCGCUGGAACUAUGCAAAGAGAAACAAAGCUCCAAAUGAACAAGCAAUUCCACUACUUAUGCCUCAGCACCACAUGGUUAUUCCACAUUACAUGGGAAGAACCAAAAAAAUAGAGACUGAAAGUAUGACAGUGGAGGACAAAUCUAAAGGCAUCAGAAGGCAAGAUUCCUUCUCCUCCCGAUCAUCAUUACAAGACAUCCCAUUGCUUUUGCCUCAAGAGUCAGAUGCUGCCAAUGGAAACCCAAAGUUAAAUGGCUUGGACAUGACACAGAGUCUCCUUGAUCAGUCAAGCAGGGUCAGUCAAAGUCUUACAUUCUCUUUAUGGAAGUCUAAGGUUGAACCCUCAGUUCCAGAGAUGCAGAUGAAAGGCUUUGUUGAUGAUCUCGAUUUCAUGGAUCUUCAGAGGAAAACAACUGUGGAUGUAGUUGCACAAUCUGAUGUUCUUAAAAUGGAUAAAGAAUGGUGGGAAACACAAGAGCGCGGUGAUCAGGUUGCUUCUGCUGAUGAAGCCGGACAAGUUGGCCCCCGAGUCACAUGCUGUUGCCAGAUUAUUAGAAGUGUUGGACAAUGGUCUGCCGGUACUAGUCAAACUGAAUCGAGUAUUCACAAUGCUUAUUGCUCUCUUAUUGAGAAAGCCGAGUACUUCAUCUACAUUGAGAAUCAAUUUUUUAUAUCAGGUCUCUCAGGGGAUGAAAUAAUACGGAACCGAGUCUUGGAAGCACUAUACAGGCGUAUAUUGCGAGCAUACAAAGAGAAGAAGUGCUUCAGAGUUAUUAUUGUCAUACCGCUUUUACCUGGUUUCGAGGGUGGUCUGGAUGAUGGUGGUGCAGCAUCUGUGAGAGCAAUUAUGCAUUGGCAAUAUCGAACCAUUUGCAGGGGUCAAGAUUCAAUAUUGCAUAAGCUUUAUGAUCUACUUGGUCCUAGAACACAUGAUUACAUACAUUUCUACGGUCUAAGAGCUUAUGGCAGACUUUUUGAUGGUGGACCUAUUGCCACCAGUCAGGUGUAUGUGCAUAGCAAGAUUAUGAUUAUUGAUGAUCAUAUUGCUUUGAUUGGAUCAGCUAAUAUAAAUGAUAGGAGUUUGCUUGGAUCAAGAGACUCUGAGAUUGCUGUACUGAUCGAAGAUAAAGAAUUUGUUGACUCAUCUAUGUUUGCGAAGCCUUGGAAAGCCGGAAAGUUUGCUUUCAGUCUUCGCCUCUCAUUAUGGUCUGAACACCUCGGUCUUCGUGCAGGAGAGGUCAGUCGAAUUAGUGACCCUGUGGUUGAUGCAACGUACAAAGAUAUUUGGAUGGCUACUGCAAAGACAAAUACUAUGAUCUACCAAGAUGUUUUCGCAUGCGUCCCUAAUGAUCUUAUUCAUUCCAGAGUUGCUAUCAGGCAAAGCAUGGCCUACUGGAAGGAAAGGUUAGUGUAUACUACAAUUGAUUUAGGUAUAGCUCCUGAGAAGCUAGAAUCCUAUCAGUACGGAGAUAUUAAGGCUACAGAUCCCAUGCAGAGAUUAGAGUCAGUAAGGGGACACCUUGUUUCUUUUCCCUUAGAUUUCAUGUGUCAAGAAGAUUUGAGACCAGUGUUCAAUGAGAGUGAGUAUUAUGCAUCCCCUCAAGUCUUCCAUUAAAGCUUGGUUUUCUUGAGGGACUUUAGAAUGUUGUCUGUAGAACAUCCAAUCCACUCAUUAAAAUGGGUCAUCAGUGUAAUUGCCUAUUUAUUUUAUAGAAAAUCAAAAGAACAGAAAGAAAGGUCAUGAAAUCAUGACAGA